AUGUAUUCUUACGUUAGAAUCAUUAUUGUUUUAGAUUUGGAGGCUGAGCGGCAGGCUUACGAUCUUUUCUAUGAAUAUCAGGCCAAACAACACAAGGACAGCGAUGGACGCUUUCCAAUCGAAGAAGUUCCGAAAGAAUUUGUGGAGCUGCGCGGAUUUCUGUUUCCAAUGGGCUCCGAAUACGGCCCAUUGAAUGCUGAUCAGGCUCGCUCUCGCGAUUAUUAUGAGAGAAUUCUGAAUGGAGAAAAGGAUCCAGAAGAAGUGGAGGAGGUAGCGGAAUGGGAGCGAAGAUCUCUUGCCGAGUAUGAAGAAACUUUAUCUAGGAAAAAGAAGAAAAGGAAGAAAACGGGGGAUGAGCGAGAACUAUAUAUCUGGAAUUUUGAUGUAACCCCGUUGGUUAUCAUGUUUGAACUCAUUAAGAUUUGGAUGUUGUCAUUGCGACUGGCAGCAUCGUUACGUCAUUGCGGAUCUUCAUUAGCACGACGACCGCCCGCGCUUCUGUUGAAACCAUGUAGGAAUAUAAAUAGGUAUGUUUCUAUUUGAAA